GUGAGCGAGUGAGUGAGUGUGACAGAGGGAGGGUGAAAAGGGACAGAGAGAUGGAAUAGAGGCAGCGAGAACGAGGUGUGGAGCAUCUGAGAGAUGGCGAAUGGAUUGUGCAAUGACUUUAUCCCACUCGGAUGCUGACCGCUCUGGAACGCUGAGGCGAUUGCUUGGUGGAAAAACCGCAGGAAUCAUCAUGCUCAGGAAAUGCUUCUGAAGUCACUCUAAGUCAUUAUCCAUCAUCACAGCUGCCUGUUGUCAGAAGCUGCCUCACUCUCCAUCCAUUCUGUGUGUGUCUUUGAAGAACAUCUGGUGAAAACUCUGCUGUAAGACCUUUAAAACUCCUCAAUGACACUCUCUACAUACCUGCACUUGAUCUGCCAUCUGCACUGACUGUCCUGUCACCACGUCACAACCAUGUCUGACGAGGAGCAAAGAGCGAACAGGAGCACAAAUGUGUUCAGACCAGGAACAGACCUCUGGGUCCCUGUGCUUCUGGGUAACGUCUCACCCAGUGAUUCUGCAAACUCCAGCGACACCGGCGAGGACGCAAACGUAAACGAGUCACGUGCCCUCGGGACCGUACAGAAGAACUGGCUGGCUCUGUUGAUCCUGCUGGCCAUCGUCGUCACGGUGACGGGAAACAUCCUGGUCAUCAUGGCCGUGAGUCUGGAAAGAAAGCUGCAGAAUGCCACAAACUACUUCCUGAUGUCGCUAGCUAUAACAGACAUGCUGCUGGGCCUGCUGGUCAUGCCUGUCGCUAUGGUGACCAUACUUUACAAUUACACCUGGCCCUUCCCGUCUGCUCUGUGUCCUAUCUGGAUCUACUUGGACGUGCUGUUUUCCACAGCCUCCAUUAUGCACCUGUGUGCUAUCUCUCUUGACCGAUAUGUGGCCAUCCGCAACCCCAUCCAGCACAACCGCACCAACUCCCGAACCCGAGCCCGGGUCAAGAUCACAGCUGCAUGGACUAUCUCUGUGGGAAUCUCUAUGCCUGUUCCAGUUCUUGGCCUCCAAGACCGCACCAAAGUGUUCAAAGAUGGCAGCUGCCAGCUGACAGAUGACAGUUUUGUUCUGAUCGGCUCCUUCGUGGCGUUCUUCAUCCCCCUGGUCAUCAUGGUGGUAACUUAUUUCCUGACGAUCAGCGCCCUGCAGAGCCAGGCCACGCUGUGUCUGGACCAACUCAUAGCACGUCCUAAGUGGCUGACCAUGCUGGAUCUUGUCCCUCGAGGCUCUCUUUCCUCUGAACGCUUAUUCUCCCGGACCUCACUCUGCCCUGACACCAUUGUCCCAUCCACCAGGCCGUUCAUCCGCCGCUCUGCACAGUCCAUCAGCAAUGAGCAGAAGGCCUCCAAAGUCCUUGGUGUUGUCUUCUUCCUGUUUGUCAUCAUGUGGUGUCCGUUUUUCAUUACAAACGUCAUGGCGGUGGUGUGCGACUCUUCAACGUGCGACCCAGCGCUCAUGAUCGGCCUGCUUAACGUAUUUGUCUGGGUGGGAUACUUGUCUUCUGCAGUCAACCCUCUUGUUUACACUCUCUUCAACAAGACUUACCGUGCAGCGUUCGCACGCUACAUUCGCUGCCGAUACCGCGAGCCGAGCAGACCGCUCCAGGUCAUCCUGGUCAACACCAUUCCUCCUUUGGCUUUUCACUCCUCCAAACUUCCAAUUCAGGGAGACAAUUCUUUAAGACAUUCGAAAGACGACAGCGGAUUUGAGACAUGCUCCUACACGAACCAGGUAGACUCUCUGAACAAACGUGGAAGAGAUGAAAUGGUGAGUCACGUCUGAAUUCAAAAUGGUUGCAUUUAUUUUAUGGACAUGAGGAUUGCUCAGGCUUCAGGAAAUAGUGCUACAGAUUCUCAAGGACUAAUACAGAGAAAAUGGCAUCUAUAUAUUAAACACUUUUUAGUGAAUGCAAUUUUACAGUGGUGGUGUUCUUGUUUAAAGACCGUCCCAAAGGUGGGCUGCUGCUCACUGCAGUAAUUCUUUGGGAUUUGCCUUUUAAUGAAAAUGUGUCUGGCUGGGAAACACAUUCUGAAAAUAUAAGACAUGCCACCUCAUUAUUUAUUUAUACAAUUUCUGUGCACUGAAAUUGUCUUUUGUUCUUUUGUGCAUUGCCAAUUUAAUAGCUAACUUUCUGAGUUAUCUAUCCAACUGACCCUCUUUUGCAUAAUCUGAUUUCUCAAGGGUUUGUAUUGAAAUUUUUCAGGAUGAACCGAAAGCUGAUUAGAAUAGUAUUUGUUUUAAAUGUGCUUUUACAAUCAUGGGUUCACAAAGUUUCCCAAGGGAAAUUUGACAGUGAAGGAAUUAAAGGAUUUUUCGGAUUGUAUUUUUGGUACCUUGGGAAACAAUUCUUAAUGGAUUAUGAACUCUGUCUCAUAAUAAAUACCUGUGUAUAAAUUUGAAAUGUAUGUGGGUAAAUAAAAUGAA